UUAUCAGCAGCCGGUGUGUGGUGUGACGCAGGCGGCGCGCACACGGCGGACUUUAGCUCCUCCAUUGACGCGUAGGAGACGUGGAACACCGACAAGUCCACCAUGUUUUCCUCCAAGUCGCUCAAAAGUCCGCCAAAGUACGCGUCGUCGCCGCCGCCGCCGCCCGUGCCCGCGGAGCACAUCCGCAUGGUGGCGAGUGGAUGCGAGGCGCGAGGCAGCCGUGGCGUGCACGCGCAACAGCUGCAUGGCGUUGAAGGUGAGAAAACAGGCCUGGAUAACUUGGCUUACGAGUAUGGCAGCCAACGCGACCUCGGCCCUCCAAUCAAAACCUCCACAGAGACCUUUAAACUCCUGGGCCUGGACCCGGUCCACGCCGUCGUGGAGAGCCGGAUCUCCGGGCUGAGCGGCGUGCUGGCUGUCCGCUCGGCUUCCCCCGGCCGGCCCACAGAAGUGGACUACGUGAGCUCGCUGACCACGGCCGCAGAGAUCGCCCUGGAGCUGCGCAGGAUGGGCUUCCACGUGGAGUCCACGGUGCGGGUCGGCGUGGACGGCAUGCACUGCCAGUCCUGCGUGGAGUCCAUCCGGCAGCAUGUCGGCGCUCUGCGGGGGGUCUCGCGCGUUGAGGCGUCGCUUCAAGAGGGGGCGGCGCUGGUGGUCUUCCAACCGCUCCACGUCACGCGCCAGGAGCUGAGGGACAAGAUUGAGGAUAUGGGAUUCGGAGCUACUUUGCCGUCUUCGGACGUCACCUGGCAGGCGGACUUAAGCCCGACGGUGGUUGUCUGGAUCGCAGGCAUGACCUGCCAGUCGUGUGUGCAGUCCAUAGAGGGAAGCAUCUCUCAGAGGAGGGGGGUCCACUCCAUAGUGGUGUCACUGAAGCAUGGAAAGGGAACAAUAAACUUUGACCCUGAUCUCACAGGGCCGGAGCAUCUCAGGGUAGCUAUUGAGGACCUGGGCUUUGACGCGUCACUUGAAGAACCUGGCUCAGCCGUCAGGAAUCCGGAAGAGCCUCUGAGCCGCGAACUUUCUGACCCGUCGGACUGGCAGUCGUCUUGCAAACUUGGCAAUGGCGCCGGAUUUCUGUCUUCUGACUCCACCGCCAAAGGGCAAAAGUGCUAUGUCAGCGUGACGGGCAUGACGUGCGCCUCAUGUGUGGCGAACAUUGAAAGGAGCCUGCUAAAACAGAAAGGGAUCAUCUCAGUUUUGGUGUCGCUGAUGGCCGGAAAAGCAGAGGUAAAAUACGACCCAGACGUUAUUGAUGCUCCUGAUGUCGCUCGGCUCAUAGAGGACUUGGGUUUCGGCGCCAGUCUCCUUGAGGACAACGUAGUCACGCAUGGGAAACUGGAUCUGACUAUAACUGGGAUGACGUGUGCAUCAUGUACCCACAAUAUCGAGUCUAAGCUCACUGCCACCAAAGGGAUCUUCGGCGCCUCUGUGGCCUUGGCUACCAACACAGCACACGUCCAGUUUGACCCCGACGUGAUCGGAGCUCGAGAUAUAAUCAAGAUCAUUCAGAAUCUUGGAUUUGAAGCCAGUCUGAAGAAGGCGGGCAUUAAAAACAAUCUUGGCCACACAGUGGAGAUUCAACAGCAAGUAUCUGGUCCCCUUGUUGUACCAGCAGAUCGGACUAAUUUAAACGCAUUCAAACGCAAAGGUAACCCAAAACUGUCUUUCUCUGAUGAAUCCAGAUGGAAAAACUCCUUCCUCCUCAGCCUGGUGUUUGGCCUGCCUGUCAUGGGCCUUAUGAUAUACAUGAUGGUGAUGGACAGUCAGCACCAGCAACAUGGAGGCUCCAUGCCAGAGGAGCAGAACCUACUGCCCGGGCUCUCCAUCCUAAACCUGGUCUUUUUCCUUCUCUGUACGCCGGUCCAGAUUUUCGGAGGCAGGUACUUCUACGUCCAAGCGUAUCGCUCGUUGAAGCACGGCAGCGCCAACAUGGACGUGCUGAUCGUGCUCGCCACCUCCAUCGCCUACAUCUACUCCUCCGUGGUGCUGAUCGUGGCCAUGGCGGAACAAGCCCGGCAGAGCCCUGUCACCUUCUUUGACACGCCACCCAUGCUUUUUGUGUUCAUCGCACUCGGGCGGUGGCUGGAGCAUGUGGCCAAGAGUAAAACCUCAGCGGCUUUGGCCAAGUUGAUGUCACUGCAAGCCACAGAUGCGACUGUGAUUACCUUAGGGCCGGACCACUCCAUCAUCAGCGAGGAGCAGGUGGUGGUGGAGCUGGUGCAGCGCGGCGACAUAGUGAAGGUGGUCCCGGGGGGGAAGUUCCCGGUCGAUGGUAAAGUGAUUGAGGGAAGCUCCAUGGCGGACGAGUCUUUAAUCACAGGUGAGCCAAUGCCGGUCAGUAAGAGGGUGGGCAGCCUGGUGAUCGCUGGCUCCAUCAACGCUCACGGCGCUCUUCUUGUGGAGGCCACACAUGUUGGUGCUGACACCACACUCUCACAAAUAGUACGACUGGUGGAAGAAGCCCAAACAUCCAAGGCUCCCAUCCAGCAAUUUGCUGACCGACUCAGCGGAUACUUUGUGCCUUUCAUCGUCUUUGUCUCCUUGCUGACUCUGGUGGCGUGGCUGGCAGUCGGCUUUGUCAACUUUGACAUCGUGAGGGAUAACUUCUCGGGUUACAACACCAACAUUUCCAAGGCAGAGGUCAUCGUCCGCUUCGCCUUCCAGGCCUCUAUCACUGUUCUUUCCAUCGCAUGCCCGUGUUCUCUCGGACUGGCUACCCCGACCGCGGUCAUGGUGGGCACCGGGGUCGGCGCUCAGAGCGGCAUACUCAUCAAAGGAGGCGAGCCACUGGAGAUGGCCCACAAGAUUAAUGUGGUGAUGUUCGAUAAGACCGGUACCAUCACCAAUGGCGUGCCCCGGGUGACCCGCGUGUUGGUGCUAUGGGAGAUGGCCCGCAUGCCUCUUAGAAAGAUCCUGGCAGUGGUGGGCACAGCAGAGGCCAGCAGUGAGCACCCAUUAGGCAUCGCAGUCACCAAACACUGCAAGGAGGAGCUAACCACGGACGUGCUGGGUUACUGCCAGGACUUUCAAGCGGUGCCCGGCUGCGGGAUCAGCUGCCGGGUUUCUAAUGUGGAGCAUCUGUUGCUACAACAGAGCGAGGAGCGUUUUUUGUUGCCAGGGACAACCAUGGAUGAGAGUAGCCUAGUUGAUGCUGCAGAGAUCCCGAAUACAGGUGAGAUUUCAUGUUACUCCGUCCUGAUCGGGAACCGGGAAUGGAUGAGGAGGAAUGGCCACCAUGUCGGAGCAGACGUGGAUGCCGCCAUGUCGAGCCACGAGGCAAAGGGGCAGACCUCGAUUCUGGUGGCCAUAGAUGGCGUACUGUGUGCCAUGAUCGCCAUCGCGGACACGGUGAAGGCGGAGUCAGCCUUGGCGGUGCACACUCUCAGCAGCAUGGGCAUUGAGGUGGUCAUGAUAACCGGAGACAACAGACGCACAGCUAAAGCCAUCGCUGCGCAGGUAGGGAUCAGGAAGGUGUUUGCAGAGGUGUUGCCCUCCCACAAGGUGGCCAAAGUGCAGGAGCUCCAGGAACAAGGUCUGCGAGUGGCCAUGGUGGGAGACGGCGUCAACGACUCGCCCGCUCUUGCCCGCGCUGAUGUCGGCAUCGCCAUCGGCACGGGCACCGACGUGGCCAUCGAAGCGGCGGACAUCGUUCUUAUCAGAAACGACCUUCUGGACGUAGUGGCCAGUGUUGAGCUGUCCAAAAAGACCGUGCAAAGGAUACGGAUCAACUUUGUCUUCGCCCUCAUCUACAACCUCGUCGGAAUACCCAUCGCUGCAGGCGUGUUCAUGCCUCUUGGCCUGGUGCUUCAGCCCUGGAUGGGCUCAGCCGCGAUGGCCGCCUCGUCCGUUUCUGUGGUUCUGUCAUCUUUGCUGCUCAGAUUCUACAAGAAGACCUCAGUGGAGUUGUACGAGGUCAGAGCGAGAGGCGUGAUGCGCAGCCUGCGGUCCUCGGAGAUCAGCAUUUAUCCGAAACUGGAAGGCCGGGGUUGCGGUCCGGCUUCUUUGGAACAGCACGACAUCAUCCGCAUGCCACCGGCCGCCAUUUCCACUCAGACACCGGUGCCAAUGAACUCUAUCCACAAGCAGAACCAGCCCGCCCUCCUUGAUCUUUAGACAACGGAGAACCAUAGCGGACUUUAAUAAGUGUUACAUCUCUUGUAUAUUCAUGUAAAUAAACACUUUUAAUGUAAAA